AUGAAGAUCAACCAGUCGCCCCUCCUUCUCUUCCUUCUUCCUGCCAUUUCGGUCGUGCUCGCCGACACAUACAAUGACAACAUAGACUCUAAAGUCUCGCGGGAGACUGUGGGUAAUAAUGCUCGUCUCGUUGACUCGGAUAUAGUCGCAUCCAAUGUCGCCAAAGGGGCGCCGGACGUCCCCGUGGAUGGCAAGGAUGGCAGACCACACGCUGGUCCGUGGGUGGAAACCAACGCAGACCGGGAUCGUACAGGUGUCCAGGGAGGCGAUGAUGUUGAUCCGGUUUCUGUCAAAUAUGAUACCAAUAUCCCCUCUUCGGAACACCUGAGUACCGAAGAAGGGAAAAUGAUCCCGCAUUCAAACGGCGGCGUUAUGGAUGAUCCGCAUCGGGCGGGCCCGAAAGAAGGGACACGAGGAACCGAGGGUGGUGUGUCUGAGAAAGGAAAAGAAAGCCAAUUGGCCUCUGAAAAAGUCCCGGGAGGGCCGAAGGAAGCGCCUCCGUUGCCGCAUAGUGAGACCAAGAAGUUGGGCCCCGACAGCGACGACACAACAACCGGGGGUGGAAGUCGGUCUGCGGAGGGUCCGGGAAGUCUUGGAAUGCUCGGGAAACCCGACGACCUGCCUGAAAAGCCACACGAUAUUCCACACCCCAAGUCCCCGGGUACAGCCAAGGAGGACCCUAUAGGCCUUGUACACGACAAAGUCACCCCGGGAUCGUCUUCGAGUUCGUCCUCGUCCUCGUCCUCGUUGGGCCACGGCCACGACCACGACCACGACUCUGGUAUCCAUGAUGCUGGCAGCUCACUACACUCCCUUGUCUUCUCCUUCACCAUGAUUCUCGUCUCUGAAAUCGGCGACAAGACUUUCCUCGUGGCUGCGCUGAUGGCGAUGAGACAUCCUCGCUUGGUGGUGUUCAGCGCCGCAUUUAGUGCCUUGGUUAUGAUGACUGUUCUUUCAGCAGUCCUGGGCCAUGCAGUUCCUACUCUUAUCCCUAAAACGUUCACCAAAUUCCUGGCUGCCAUUUUGUUCUUAAUCUUUGGUGCGAAGAUGCUCAAGGAAGGCCGUGAAAUGUCUCCAGAUGAAGGUGUGGGUGAAGAGAUGCGAGAGGUUGAGGCGGAGCUCGAAGAGAAGGAGCACGAGCAGCUGCGUAUGAACCGCCGUCGUUCCUCGGUUACUCCUCACAAUCUUGAAGCAGGUCGCGCUGGAGGCCGUCCCAAAACCCGCGGCUCCGGAAACCGCCUGCCUUCGCCUCCGGAGAGCUUGUCCUCGUCCUCGUCCCGUGGCUCUUCUCCCCAGCCCCGGCAACGGCUAAACAAUGUCGUUUCCGGAUUGAGCAAUCUAUUUUCCCUACUUCUCAGCCCCGCGUGGGUUCAGACCUUUGUCAUGACCUUCCUCGGCGAAUGGGGCGACCGCAGUCAGAUUGCCACUAUCGCCAUGGCAGCUGGCCAGGACUACUGGUGGGUGACAAUUGGAGCUAGCGCUGGUCAUGGAAUCUGCACCGCAGCCGCCGUGCUCGGUGGACGGGCCAUCGCUGGCCGGGUCAGCAUGCGUGUUGUGACUCUGGGCGGCGCUGUGGCAUUCCUUCUGUUUGGCGUCAUCUACUUCAUCGAAGCCAUCUUUUGA